AUGCCACGACAAAGAUUAUCGAGCAAUGUUUUAAAUCGACUCAAAUCUCGCUUCUUAGGUCAUCGUUAUCAACCAUUGGACGCUAUUGAAGAUGAGGACUAUGUUUUUUCAUUAUCUUCUUCUGAUGAUUCUCGAAGAACAUCUUAUGAAAGUGAUAUUUCAUCAUUUGAACAACAGCAAGUUACAAAUGACCUCAAUAAUAUAUCCCAAAAUGAUAAAAAAAACUAUUAUGGUCCGGCAAAACGAAUAACAUCGAAAAAUUGUCGAGAAAAAUUUGAAAUUUUUUAUGAAAUUCACAGUGGUUUCACGGCAGACCAAGUGAUAUUGAUUGAAAAUGCUUUACAGAUUGUUGCUGAUAGAUUCUUCAAACCAGAAAUUUUAAAAAAUAUGUAUCAAAUUUGCGGUAAUUCUGGUUGUUUGUUAACACAUGGAGUAUUGUCACAGUCGAAUUUAAUACAAAAUUCAAUUUAUUUCAAUAGAUAUCUACUGUUACAAUACCAACUGAUUUGUUUGAAUCAUCAAAGUCAAAAUGGUGAAAUUUCAAUUAUUAAUAUUUAUCCAGUUCAGGAAAAAAGCCAGAGUGAAAGUAAUAAUUCUCAUCCAUGUAUUUUUUGUAUUUCGCAUGGAUCAACAUUUUUAAUUGAUGGUGAAUUCGAAAUCGAAUUGAAUCAAGAUAGACUGAAUGGAUCAGUUAAAAACAGUUCAAAUGCGUUAUUUUGGGCUGGAGAAAUCGUUUAUCAAAUGCUUCACAAUCUUGGUCAUCGAUUUAAGGACAAUGAUUGCACGAAUCGAUCACAGAUUCAGAUUUUCAAACAGUGUUUUCUACAUGAUGGUAAUUAUAUUCCUAUGAAAACUAAAUAA